CAGCCGCGUCAGUAUAAAGGCAGGCCAUUGUUGAAGGGGCCCAUUGUUUCUUUCAGCACGCAGGCAAACACCACAGCUCCAACAAUGAACGCCAAGUGGGAUAAGCCGAAGUCGAAGAUCACAGCUUCUCGCAAGCUCUCCUUAAAAAUGCUUCUCCUGACGAGAGCCUGCGAGGAUCUGGAGCGUGAGCGUCAGGAGAGGGAGGAGGAGAAAGGACGCUAUCUGGAGGAGAAGCUGCCUCCUUUGCGCAUGUCUGGGCUGUCGAUGAACGAGCUGCAGGACCUGUGCAAGCAGCUUCACUCCAAGAUAGACGUGGUAGACGAGGAGAGAUACAACUUUGAAUCCAAAGUCAGCAAACACAACAUAGACAUCCGAGAGCUGAAGCUGAAGGUGCAGGACCUGGGGGGCAAGUUCAAAAAACCCGCCCUGAGGAAGGUGAGGGUGUCGGCCGACGAAAUGAUGAGGGCCCUGCUGGGCUCCAAGCACAAGGGCUCCAUGGACCUCCGUGCCAAUCUCAAGUCCGUGAAGAAGGAGGACGUGAAGCAGGACAAGGUGCUCACAAGCGAGGUGGGUGACUGGCGUAAGAACGUGGAGGCCAUGUCGGGCAUGGAAGGACGCAAGAAGAUGUUUGACACAGGUGGAGCCGCACAGUGAGGGGCGGAGGGGGUCCCGGUUUGAUAAUUGUCAACAUCAUUGGUUUUAUUCCACGCGCUUAAAAUUGAAUUAAAAACUUCCCCCCUUUUUGUUAAAGAAGAAAUAAAUAUCUGCUUUUCCUCGUUUUUGUAC